AUGUCAUUGUGCUCAUUCUAGGUCUGUCUCAGUCCCUCAGGUCGCAGGACAGGCUUAGGAAAAGAAUUUUCAGAACACGCCAAUUAUGAAAUCAUCAGGGUAAUUUUUUAUUUUUAUGCAGCAAUUUCUAAAAAUGCAGAAGAUUCUGAUUAUUAUUUCAACAAAGGUCUGUUUAAUGUGUUUAAUUUCUUAGCUAUCACUUUAUUUUCAUCAGAUUUAAUUAAACACUUUCGACAAAAUUUAGAGAUUUGAAGAAGCAUUGCAAAAUUAUGAUUCAGCAAUUUAGAAAUACCCUGAAAACUCAAAUUAUUUUUAUAAUAAAGGUAGAAUUAAUAUGAUUUAUUUUUCAGCAAAUACAUUAGAAAGAUUAAAUAGAUUUGAAGAAGUAUUAUAAAAUUAUGAUUUGGCCAUUUAAAAAUAUCCAGAAAAUUCUGACUUUUACCAAAAUAAAGGCAAUAAUGAAAAUUUCGAAUUUCCAAGCUAAUACAUUAGAUAAAAUGAAUAGACUUGA